AUGCUUGAUUCUGAAUUAAAAGAAGAUGUUACAUCAAGUCAACAUAUGGAAUUAGUAAUUAGAUUUUUAAAAAGAGCUGGACAAAAUCUUUCACCACCAUUUCGUGUUGAAAUUCCAUCACGUCGACUUUGCCAAUCUGAUCAAAAACGAAUAUUAGCUAAAGAAUUAUGUGAUUUUCUUCAUUUAUAUAAUAAAGAAACCGUAUCACAAUAUCAAAAUCAAUUAUUUUCAACAAUACAAAUUGAUAAUCGUUUAUUUGAAAAUUUUCUUCGUUCAGCAUCAGAAUCUGAUCUUGAACAAAUGAUGACAACAUAUAUGAAAAAUAAUAAAAAUUCAGCUAUUCAUUUGGGUGUUAAUCCAAAAAUAAUUAAAUUAAAUUCAACAAAUCAAAAUCAAAAUCAACAAGGUUCAGAUAUAGGAGCUGAUCAACAAGCUCAAACUAUUUUACCUAAACAAUCUAUUGAAGAUAAAACAAUAACAUUUAUUCAAACAAUAUCAUCAAAUGAACAAUCAAAUCAAAAAUGGGCAACAUUAACUACACAAAAUGAUCCACAAAAACGUUUAUUAAGAGCAUCAAGUGCAUCAAGACAAAGAACUUCUCAAAAAAAACAAGAUGACAUUUAUAAACUUUAUGGAGUUUCAAGACCUCUUUCAGCUGUUGUUCAACAUAGAAAACAAUUGCCAUCAACAGGAUCAUCUGUGCCUCCUACUAAAUUAUUAAUUCGAGAACGACCAAAUUCAGCAAAUGUUACAGGCGAACAAGAAGAAAAAAGAGAUUUUGUUGAACAAUUAAAUGAAUUAUCACUAAAACAACAUCAUCGACAAUAUUCUGGUCUUCAUCGUUUGAAUGUAUUUCAUAGUCGUUCAUCAUCAGUUGAACCUCAACAACAAACAAAUGUAACAAUUAUUAAUGAUUGUGAAAAUCUAUCUGAAACAAGUAAAGAAGAAGAAAUUCUUGAAAAAAGUCGACAAAUGCUUGAAGAAAGUAAAGUUAAAAAUGAACAAUUAGCUGAACAAGCUAAAGUAUUUCAACGAACAUUACAAAGAAAUGAAAUAUAUUCUGCAUUAAAUCGUUUUUCAACUCGUCCACCUAUUUAUCCAACUGUUGUUAAAGAAACACGAAAUUCUUCAAAUAGAUUUCAACAAUUAAAAAUAAAUCCAACAGUAUCAUUAAUAAAUGAUCAACAUCGAGUUAAAUCAGCUAAUUCUUCACAAGAUUAG